CACUAAAUGGUGUAUAUGGAAAUCUUCCUUAUAUAGAACCAGAAGUAAUUACUGGAAAAAAACCCACUUAUGCAUCUGAUAUUUAUAGUAUUGGUAUACUUAUGUGGGAAAUUUCAUCUGGACAACUACCCUUUAUUAAUUAUGAGCAUAAUUAUGACCUUGCAAUGAAAAUAAUAAACGGAAUGAGACCAAAAAUAGUACCAGAAACUCCUUUAGAAUAUAAAAAAUUAAUGGAACAAUGUUGGGAUGCUGAUUCAACAAAGAGACCUAAUAUUUGUACAUUAAGAAAAGAAGUACAUAAGUUAUUAUUAAAAUUUCAAAACUAUCAAGAUGAUAGCCAAAAACAAAUAAUUUCCGAUCAACAUCCAACGAACAUAAAUUAUAAUAGUAAAAUUUAUCAAUUUGAAAAUUUACCUGAACCAAAAAAUGCAACAGAAGAAGAACAAGAAGCAUUCCAUAGUAAACCUUAUAGUUUGAACAUUCCUAAUAAUGAUAGUUGAUGAUUUUAAUAAUUUAAGUAAUGAGAAAAAUGUUAAUAUUGAAUC